UAAAUUUAUUUUUUAAUUAUAACAAAAUCCGUUGACAAAAAUCUAACAAAAUCUAACUAAAAAUUAUUUUUUAUAAAAUAAAUAUUAAUUAAUUUCGUAAUUAGUAAUAUAAUAUUAUUAUAAAUCGAUGUUAGUUAAAACUUUAUUCUAAAACAAGAAAAUACAAAUUUUAUAUAAAUUUUAUAAAUAUAUUCUGUAUUAUAUAAAAAUAGAUGUGAUUUGUGAAUUAAAUAUGGGAAAAUUAUAUGAAAUAGGUAAAUCAAUAAAUUUUGUUUUUUUUGAAUUGUUUCAUUUAAAUAAAUUUUCAUGCAUUAUUAAAAUCAUCUGUCAUAUGAAAUAGACAUAACUAUUAAUUAUUUACUGUCAUAUGAAAUAGACAUAACUAUUAAUUUUGUUAUUUUAUUGUAUCUAACUUGAAAUAUAUUUGUAAGUAAUAAAAAUAACAAAGUAAAAUAUAUUACACAAAUCAUUAUAUAUUAAUAAUGCCGAAAAUAUAUAAAGAAUAAUAUCAUAGAAGUACACAAUAGAUAACUUUAAAAUAAAAAUAUUAUAUUUAAAACAUUUGUAUUAAUAGCAAAUACAUUUACAAAAAAAAAAAUAUAUGUAUUGAUGUGCGGGUCCAAAUCUAGUUAUUUUAUUAAUUUGACAGUUUUUCUUUUUGAUAAAUUUUGACAGUUAUGCAUUAUUUUAGUAAUUAUCUCUAUAUUCAAUAGAAACUAUCGAUUUAAUGGGACAUUUUCUCAGCCUCCCCAUAUAUAAACGUAUCAAGUGUGAUACUUAACAUGGGGAAAAGGAGAGAAGCCACGAAAGUGCUUCUUACAAAUGGCUACUCACGAUAUCUCCUUCAGUUCAGCUUUUGUCUGCAAUGCUCUUCAUCAAAAGUCUGAGCAUUUUCUUUGCAACACCGUCUCCAAAGUGACGUCGGCUCAGGCUGUCACCGUCAGGCGCCGCUCCGCCAACUAUUGUCCGUCUCUCUGGGAUCAUCAGUAUCUUCUAUCACUGGAGAAUAUAUAUGCGAAAGAAGUUGAAUCAACGGAGAAAGCUAAAUUGUUGAAGGAAGAGGUGAGGGAGACAUUAGUUAAGACUCAAGGUUCUCUUGAGCAGCUAGAGAUGAUCGAUUCCUUGCAAAGACUCGGAAUAUCUUAUCAUUAUAAACACGAAAUCCAUGAUAUUUUGAAAAGAAUUUACGAGCAACACCACGAAAUUGGGAGGGAGUCACCAGAUCUCCAUGCGACAGCACUUGGCUUUUUCCUCCUAAGGCAACAUAGCUUUGAUGUCUCACAAGAUGAUUUUGACAUCUUCAAAAGUGAAAAUGGAAUAUUCAGAAAGACUUUACCCAUCAAGGGUGUACUCUCUCUAUACGAAGCUUCUUAUUUUUCAAUGGAUUCAGAGUUUAAACUCAAGGAGGCUAGAUGUUUUGCAAAUGAGCGAUUAACCGAGUUUAUCGCGGAGAAUAGCACAACUAUUUUGGGGACAAAUGAAACUUAUAUCUUAGACAUGGUGAAACGAGCCCUAGUGAAUCCGUACCAUUGGAGCACUAGGAGAAUAGAAGCAAGAUGGUACAUAGAUGUGUACCGGAAAAAGCAUGAUAUGGAUCCACUCUUGCUAAAGUUUGCAGCACUUGAUUUCAAUAUUUUACAAGCAAAUCAUCAAGAAGAGCUUAAAUUAAUUUCGAGCUGGUGGAACAGCACAGGACUUAUGAAACAACUUGAUUUUGUAAGAGACCGAAUCACAGAGAGUUACUUUUGGACAAUUGGAAUAUUUUACGAACCAGAGUUUAAAUACUACCGCAAGAUACUCACUAAAUUAUUCAUGUUGAUUGCGAUCAUGGAUGACAUCUACGAUAUCUAUGGUACAUUAGAGGAGCUCGAGAUUUUCACAAAUGUGGUCGAAAGAUGGGAUGUGAAUUUAGUCGAAAGACUUCCGGAAUACAUGCAAAUUUGUUUUCUAUUUCUAUACAAUGAGAUCAAUCAAAUUGGUUAUGAUGUGCUCAGAGACAAAGGACGUAACAUCAUCCCUUACCUCAAACAAGUUUGGACGGAUCUAUUCAAAGCGUUCCUAACCGAAGCGAAGUGGUACAAGACUGGACACAAACCAAGUUUUAACGAAUACAUGCAAAAUGGUUUGAUCUCGAGUUCUGUUCCAACGAUAUUGCUCCACUUUUUCUCUAUCCUCUGCGACCAGAUAUCAGACCAAAAUCUAACCGAUGUGUCUAAGAACCACCACUCUAUUGUCAGGAGCUCAGCCACCAUUCUCCGUCUCGCCAAUGAUCUUGCCACCUCAACUGAAGAGAUGGCAAGAGGAGAUUCACCAAAGUCAGUCCAAUGCUACAUGUACGAGACAGGAGCCAAGGAGGAUGCGGCACGCGAACAGAUGCAAAGUAUGAUCAUCGACUCGUGGGACGUCAUAAACUCCGCGGCACACACUUCUUCUCUUCCAAGUGGUUUCGUGGCAGCUGCCGCAAAUCUUAACCGCGUGGUACAAUGUAUAUACCAGCACGGUGAUGGCCACGGCUGUCCCGAGAAAGCCAAGAUCGUUGAUCACAUCCAGUCCGUACUCUUCAAUCCCGUUCCAUUUCAGAUGUAAAAUUCUGUAUUUACCCAUUUUAUAUAUACUUUUCAUCAGGGAAAAUAAUUGACCCUAGUUGAGAGCUUCUCCAACAAAGAGAUGAGGAUAGAUUUCAACUGAUUAUUUUAUUUUUUUAAAUAAAAAAUUGGGACAGAACAGUAAAAAUCGAUCUUGUAAAUACAACUUUUAAGAACCCUUCAAAAUGCUUUAACGCCACUUGCAUCACUUUUAUUGGUUCACAUUUUUACGUUUUCCUUUAUGAAAUAAUUAUAUUGGUUUUAGUAGUAUUAUAGUAGUUAGAUACUGACUGUUAGUAUAUCACCGAUAAUGUUGCUCUGAGAACAUUAGAAAUGUUAUUUAACUAGCUUUACAAAGCUAUCUUUAAUAAGAGUUUUACAGAGUUUUUCACUAAUAAAAAUUACAAAAGGAUUAGAAAGAUAAGAGAUGGUUUCUCAAUGAAGAAAUUCUCCCAAAAUUUUAAUAUACUUAAGUGAGAAAUGUUUCUUAUGAAAUGGUUUAAUUUAUUAAAAACUAGUGGUAUUCCGGCGCUACGCACCGGGUUCGUAUGUUUUGGUUUCUGAUGAAUUGAUAAUUGAUUUUUAGAUCCAUUUGAUAGUGGUUGGUGAUAGUAGUGUAUUACUUUGUUUUGUAUUUUUUUAGGUCAAAGAAAAAUAUCAUAAGUGAUUUUUAUAUAUUAAUGAAAUAACAACAGAAUAAAUAGUUGAUAGUUGCACCAAAAUAAAUAUAAUUUAACUUAAAUAAACAUAAAAUAAAGUUGAUGUUCCAAAAUAAAACACGUAAAUGCAUGUGUUUAUUUGUAAUUAUCCUUUUAAAGCACCAAAUUAGGGGUUCCGUUAUGAACGUAUUUGUUAAAUACUUUGUCUUUGAAUCUAUUUUGAAUCUACUAAGUGAAUUUUUAAUCAUAGUCCAACAUUGCUCGGAUCUGAAUUGAUAACUUAAAUAUUCUUUUCCCUCUUCGAAAUAAAGAAGUGAAGUGAGCAAAGCAACUUGUGUAUUUGUGGUAUGUGGCAUAUGUUCUUCUUCGCAAAGAAGUUGGUGAGGCUACAGAGGUAGAGCUGCUUGAGAAAAGCUUCAUAAUGAUGUACACGAUUAGGUGCGAUAAAUCCUUGCAUAACAAAAGGCAUGUGAAUGUUUUAAUUAAUAAUAAUUUACAUUUAUAAUAUAAUGUACAAAAAGAUGAAUGUUACUUACUUUCUACAAAUUGUUUUCAAAUUCAACUCAGCAGUACAAAAAUUAUGAUAUUUAUUUGACAUAUUUUAUUGAGAGUGUUUUCUUACUGAAUGUUAUUAUUGGUAAUGCUAAAUCUUUAUUAAUAUGGCUUAAGAAACUUUCCAAUGAAACUUUUUUGUAUAUGAGAGAUUACUUCAUAUUAAUGUUUUUUUCACUUUGAUUUAGAACUUUCAUUUUUAUCAUAUUUUUAUUAGUUAAAUUUUCUCUUUUUAAGAGAAUUUACUUUUUAUUCUAAAAACUCACUUUAUUUUUUUUGAAAAUACAGAGAAAACUAAAUAAAUGAGACCUUAGUUUAAAAAUAUUAGACUUAAUCAUAUUUUCAAAACUAUUUUUUUAUUAUUAAUAUAUAAUAUGACCUUAGUUUAAAAAAUAAAAACCAUGAAAUAUAAGAAUACAAAAAUGAAAGUUAGUAAUUUUUCAUUAAAAUAUGAGAUUUAUUGGUUUGUAAAAUAUCCUCUUAAGAUUUUUUCAAAAAGUGUUUGGUUUCAGAAAAAUAUUAAUAUUCACUCUAAUUGGUUUAUAUAUAUAUAUAUAUAUAUACAAAUACAAUAUAUAUUAUUCAUGCGGCCUAUAUAAAUCAAAUAUAAAAUAAUUUAUGCAAUAUAUCACUUUGAUUUGUUUAUCAAAAUACAAUACUAUAUCAAUAAAAUACUAUAUCAACAAUGCAACACUCUAAAAUAUAAAAA